CUCCCAAUAUUCUCCUAUAAAAUCCUCCCCCCUCCCAUCUCCUCUCCCAUAAUCAAACAAAAAUAAAAAACCUCCCCUCAAUUUCAUACUAAAUUAACCUCUUCAAAACCCUUUCCAGAACAAAAGCCAUCCUUUGGAUUUUUCAAAUAUUAUUAUUAUUUUUUAAUUUCAUCUUCUUCUCUCUACACCUGGCUAUUUAUUUCUCUUCCAUUUUCUCUUUUAUUUCCACUAAAUAUAUAUAUAUAUAUAUAAAGGACUCUUUCUUUCAACAUGGACACCAAGAUAGGAUCUCUUGACACCUGCCGACCAACCAGCAACGACAUGAUCAACCCGGCCAACGGCGCCGUAGCGGCUAUCCAAAGCUCGGUCUCACCCACCAUAAUCAACGCAUCCGAGUCGACGCUGGGUCGUCACCUCGCCCGCCGACUCGUCCAAAUCGGUGUCAAUGACGUUUUCUCCGUCCCCGGUGACUUCAACCUCACCCUUCUCGACCACUUGAUCGCUGAGCCCGAGCUCAACCUUGUUGGUUGCUGUAACGAGCUCAACGCGGGCUACGCUGCGGAUGGAUACGCCCGGUCGCGUGGCGUUGGCGCUUGUGUUGUCACGUUCACUGUUGGGGGACUCAGUGUGCUGAAUGCUAUUGCUGGUGCUUACAGUGAGAAUUUGCCUGUCAUAUGCAUUGUUGGUGGGCCCAACUCCAAUGAUUAUGGAACUAACAGGAUUCUGCACCACACCAUUGGCUUGCCUGACUUUAGCCAGGAGCUUGCAUGUUUCUCGACUGUUACUUGUUUUCAGGCUGUGGUGAAUAACUUGGAGGAUGCACAUGAGCUGAUAGACACUGCUAUUUCAACUGCUCUGAAAGAAAGCAAGCCUGUUUAUAUCAGUGUUAGCUGUAACCUGUCAGCAAUCCCUCAUCCAACUUUUAGCCGUGAGCCGGUUCCUUUCUCGCUCACCCCCAAAUUGAGUAACAAAUUGGGUUUAGAGGCUGCAGUGGAAGCGGCUGCCGAGUUUUUGAACAAGGCAGUGAAACCAGUUUUGGUGGGUGGGCCUAAACUAAGAUCCGCACAUGCAGGCGAGGCAUUUGUGGAGUUAGCUGAUGCUUCUGGUUAUGCGCUUGCUAUUAUGCCUUCGGCUAAAGGGCUUGUGCCAGAGCAUCAUCCACAUUUCAUUGGGACUUAUUGGGGUGCAGUGAGCACUGCAUUCUGUGCUGAGAUUGUGGAGUCUGCAGAUGCUUACUUGUUUGCUGGACCAAUUUUCAAUGAUUAUAGUUCUGUUGGGUAUUCUCUCCUUCUCAAGAAGGAGAAGGCGAUUAUUGUGCAGCCUGAUCGUGUGGUGAUUGCAAAUGGACCUGCAUUUGGGUGUAUUCUGAUGAAGGAUUUUUUAAGUGCCCUUGCUAAGAGGCUCAAGUGCAACACUACUGCUUAUGAUAACUACCACAGGAUUUUUGUUCCCGAGGGACAACCUUUGAGGGGUGCUCCCAAAGAACCUUUGAGGGUUAAUGUUCUGUUCGAACAUAUACAGAAGAUGCUGUCUAGUGAAACUGCUGUGAUUGCUGAGACUGGGGACUCAUGGUUUAACUGCCAGAAGCUGAAAUUACCUAGGGGAUGCGGGUACGAGUUCCAAAUGCAAUAUGGAUCAAUUGGUUGGUCAGUUGGUGCAACUCUUGGGUAUGCUCAGGCUGUGCCAGAGAAACGUGUGAUUUCUUUCAUUGGAGAUGGUAGCUUUCAGGUGACUGCUCAAGACGUGUCAACAAUGCUUCGAUGUGGACAGAAGACCAUCAUCUUCCUCAUAAACAAUGGUGGAUACACCAUUGAAGUCGAGAUCCAUGAUGGUCCUUACAAUGUGAUUAAGAACUGGAACUACACUGGCUUGGUUGAUGCCAUCCACAAUGGUGAAGGCAAGUGCUGGACAGCCAAGGUAUUCUGCGAGGAAGAUCUGGUUGAAGCAAUUGAGACUGCAACAGGAUCAAAGAAGGAUAGCUUGUGCUUCAUUGAGGUUAUUGCUCACAAGGAUGAUACUAGUAAAGAACUUUUGGAAUGGGGUUCUAGGGUCUCCGCUGCCAAUAGCCGUCCUCCAAACCCUCAGUAGACUUUUGCCACAAUGGCAAUAUGUGAUGAUGCUAUGCUUCUUAGUUACACGUUGUCGGGUUUUUGGUUUAUUGUUUCCUAGUACUGGAGUUUGUGAUCUUGAUCUGCACUCCGAUUUCCUUGUAUCCAAAGCUCAUUUCCCUUUAAUUUCAUCUUUCUGAUAAGUUUGAUUU